AUGAGUAGUAGUGACGAAAUUUCUUGGAUUUCGUGGUUCUGUGGCUUGCGUGGAAACGAGUUUUUCUGCGAAGUUGAAGAAGACUAUAUUCAAGACAGAUUCAAUUUGACUGGAUUAUCCGAACAAGUUCCUGAAUACCGUGAUGCCCUCGAUAUGAUUCUGGAUUUAGAAACUGACCCUUCUGAUAAUCCAGAGAACACUGAUCUCAUAGAACAGGCUGCUGAAAUGCUCUAUGGUUUAAUACAUUCAAGAUAUAUCUUGACAAACCGCGGUAUUUGCAUUAUGGUAGCGAAAUGGCAACAAGGCGAUUUUGGUUACUGUCCUAGAGUUUAUUGUGAAAGUCAACCAUGCUUACCAGUCGGUUUAUCAGAUGUUCCUGGUGAAGCUAUGGUCAAGAUUUAUUGUCCUAGAUGUCAGGAUACUUACACACCAAAAUCUACUCGUCAUCAUCAUACAGAUGGGGCAUAUUUUGGUACUGGUUUCCCGCAUAUGUUGUUUCUAGUGCAUCCAGAGUAUAGACCAAAGAGAGCUGGUAAACAAUUUACUGCAAGGUACGUUUUCUUUUCUUUUUUAUUGCACGGAAUAGCUAAUUUUCCUAUGUCAU